AUGGAGGAACUAGAUCGUCAAAUUCUUCAGGUAUCUCACGAAUUGGACUGCUCAUUUUGGCAACCUGAUCUCACAUCUCUCGAUCAACUAUCAUCGGAAGACAACAUCGAAUUCUUAAUAAGAUGUUUGUGGUUAAUCUCACCGAUCUCAAAGACAGCGAUUCCAUCAUGCAAACUUUCACCAAAUAUUCUACAACGAUUCCAAACAGUAACAUACUUAGCCAAUUCAUUCAAGGAGAACCAAAUACGAGGAGAUUUUGGCUAUCAAACUCUUCUAUAUGGAAACACUGCUGAGCUACGUCAGGUUUUUAUUGCUGUAAUAGAAAAGCUCCCGAAAAAUGCGCACAUUGGAGAAAGCUUAUCCCAGUUCACUUUCGAUCCUGAUUCUGCAUGGGUUCCUGAAUUUUGUAGGCGUUUGAGACUGAAGCGACAGGGACGAUUUUGGUUCCCCCCAGAAAAUGAGCCUGACAUUUUUGCACUGUCUUCUCGAAGAGCAUUAUAUGAAGCACUCAUUGCGGGCGAGUCGAAUUCUGCAUUUGCUAACCUUGUUUCGGCUACUCGUUCGAAACCACCAAUCCCUGCCAAGCCGAGUGGGCUCGGGAUCUCUCAGACGGAGACUGUGGAGAAGAGUGUGGGCGCAGCUGAACUAGGUCCGCAACGAAUGCGUCUUGCUGAAAUACUCCAGGGGCUCGCUGCGAAGCAAGAGGAGCUGAUGAAAAUAGAGGACGAGAUUUUGGACUAUCAGCAGCGAAAUUCUGGUGUCAAAGAGAGCUUCCCUUCGGACAGUGAAAAAUUGAUGGUUUUUCUGGAGAAUCCUGAAAUAAUGCGGGCGAAAAUUUUGAACUUCAUCACAGAAAGUGAUGUCCGCUUGGAAAAGAUGGAAGCAGAUUUUAAAGAAUCUCGCGAAAAGCUCCUGCGAGACUUGGAAGAAUUGCAAAAUCAGCAGUCGCAUCAGAGCAGUUCUUCUAGUGAGGAAAUGCUUAAAAAUAGUAAAAAGUUGGAGGAAAUGAGGACAGAGAUUGAGCGAAAUAACUGUUUAGCUGAAAAAUUGAGAUCUCGUUUGGAGCAGAUAUCGAAGAAAGAUCUUGACCGCGGCUUAAUGAUACGUCGUAUCAUGGAAAUGACGGGAAGUAUCCAAAAGCAGGAUCAAGAAAUACAAAAGGUUAUUAUGGAAAACUUGAGUGUGCAAAGGGAACUGAAAUGGUUGACACAAACACUACAUAGGACAUUCAAUACGAUAGAAGAAACAUUAUUCAGGGGGACAGACGAUGCAAAAGGAGAACGUGCAUAUAAACUGUUCGGAAAGCUCCAUUCGGCAUGUAUGAUUUCUGUAGAAGCUAUAGAACAAAAUGGUGCACUUUCACGUCAGAAUGAAGAGUUAAUUGACCUUAUUGAAAUUGAGAAACAAGGACAAUUUGACCAGCAGUUAGCGCGCAUACAAGCCGAUUUAGAUGCCAUAGAGGAAGAAAAUAUGCGACUCGAGAAUCAUUUCGUGACUAAUGUUGAGUGGGCAGCGCAUAAUUUUCCUGAUGAUGUUUAUUACAAAAAUUGUGGUUGUAAUGGGGGUGAGGCGACCAUCACGCUCUUUACUCCAGACGACUGCUUCACAUCAUCCGCUAAGAUCAUGAGAAAUUGCAGUAGAUGA